AUGAGGAACCUGACUUGGCCAUUCAUCUUUGCACGUAUUGUCUUGACUCACAGCACCCAUCAUUCACCCCCCACAGCCAUUACACGCAAUGGUACCGUCCACGGCGUACACCUCCCCUCCUUUCAGCAAGAUCUCUUUCUGGGGAUACCUUACGCUCAAGCCCCGCGAUUAGACAACCCUAAGCCUAUCAACACCACCUACAAUGAUGAGACUCCAUUUGACGCUUCUCGCUACGGAAACACAUGCUACGGCUUCGGCUCCAACGAGCUUCUGGGACUGACCCAAAGCGAAGACUGCUUGAAUCUGAACAUCAUCCGACCCUCCAGAGCGACAGUGGGCGCUCUCCCUGUCAUAUUCUGGAUAUACGGCGGAGGUCUGCAUCAGGGCUCUUCCGCAGACCCAAUGUGGAAUCUGUCGUAUAUUGUGCAACGAUCUGUGACGGAAGAACAGCCCAUUAUCGCCGUGAGUAUAAAUUACCGUCUUUCUUUUCUCGGUUUCCCAGGAGGACGUGAGGCUUUAAAUGCGGGGGUGACCAACCUGGGACUUAAAGACCAGCGAUUGGCCCUGGCUUGGAUCCAAGAGAAUAUCGUCGCAUUUGGUGGUGAUCCGGCCCGGGUGACAAUCUGGGGCGAGUCUGCAGGUGGAGUAAGUGUUGUGCAGCAGCUAAUUGCCUAUGGAGGCCAUGGUGGCACUGGUUUGUUCAGUGGUGCCAUUGCAGUUAGUGGUUUUGCUACAGGGGCUGCAUUACCAGAGAUAGAGAAGAUGCAGGCUGGUUUUGACAAGCUGGUGGUAGGGGCUAACUGCACGAUGGCAGAGGAUAAGCUUGACUGUCUUCGCGGGACCUCGUUGUAUAAUUUGUAUCCUAUUGAAGGGAGCACGGAAGGGGGAUGGGGUCCAGUGAUAGAUGGUGAUUUUCUACGAAGGCCUCCUGCUUGGGAGAUUCAUGAUGGGAACUGUGCUCGUGUGCCUCUCCUUUUGGGCAGUAAUUCGGACGAGGGUCUGAUCAAAUUAACGGCGUCGGAAUAUUUCCCCAACUGGACGAAUGAGACUACAACCUUACUGAAGACCAACUUCCCACUCCUACAACAUUCGGUCAUCGAGCAGCUAUUGGAUUUUUAUCCAGAAGACGGACAAGGAGAAGCACCACCGUACUCCCUCCCGCCGGACUUCGCCUGGUGCAAGGCUCUACACGCCGUCAAUCUCCCCUGUGGCUCUCAAUACCGCCGUGCCGCGGCCCUGCUGGGCGAUUACGUCUCGCACGCACCCAGACGGUAUAUGGCCAGGCUGUGGUCGCGACUCGGUCUGCCGACGUACAGCUUCCACUUCAAAGCAGCUGUGACAGGGGUCCCGAUCCAGUAUUUCUACGGCCUGGGGCCUGGCUUUUCAAACCAUGGGGCCGAGUUAGCGUACGAGAUGGGAUUGCCGGGGGUUUCACCACGCCAAUUCGGUUUUAUCCGCCGGUAA